CAUGUUGGAACCGCACGAUCAUGAUCAUUGCCUGAUCGUUGAACGUUGAACGUUCUGAUCGUGUAAACCUUUAACUUACCGUUUUUGUUAUUGUUGAUGGGAAUUUAAGUUGCAGUAUUAUAUGUGAAAUAUUUAACCGUGCGUCCUUUCAGUGGCUCCUUUGUUUGACAGUUUCUAGUUACAUUUUUUUAACAAAGUCAAUCGAGAGAGAAAAGCCAAGGGAGUGGAAAAGAAAACAUGGGCAGUUUAAUGGAAUAUUUGACUUCUUGCAUCUGGUUCGAAGGAGGAGAUAAAAGGAACGCUUUAGCUUCCUUCGUAUCAGGAACAUUGUUUUUUACAGGUUGGUGGUUAAUCAUUGAUGCUAAUGUUACUCAUUCGGAUGUUUUCCACGGAGCCUAUCAUAUUUGUGGUGUUGCCGGUACAAUAUCAUUAUUCAUGAUUAACGUAGUCUCUAAUUCCCAAACUCAAAAUGAACUCUACUCUGGUGGAUGUAUGGGGCCGAGAGGCGCAAGGCUUUGGUUGUUCAUCGGUUUUGUCUGCGGGUUCGCCGCUGUCAUCGCAUCUUGUUGGAUAUUUUUCAGCGAUUUUGCCGGACACGUGACAAAUCCCAAGUGGAUAGGAGUUGCCCUUCUACUGCAAAAUGUAUUCAUUCUCGUCGGGUCACUUAUAUUUAAAUUUGGAAGAGUGGAAGACCCCUGGGGUUAAGCCUAACAAAAAGUCUCAUUUUAAUAAAACAUAACAUUGUACUGCACAGUCUGCUUAAAAUUAAUUUUACCUAAACAUUUAAAAACUAAUUUUUUAUUUAUUUAAAUAUUUAUUUACAGUAGAGUGCAUUGAUUUUAUUGUAUUUUUUAUUUUCUAUGUAAAUACAUUUCUUCCUAAAUGCCUAUUGCAGCAUUUUAUGAACUGUCAAUUAUCACCAAUAUCAAAAUGAAUAACAGAAAAAGCAAUACACCUAUACAUAUUCUCCUUUAUCCUGCUGGACAUUUUCUGCAUUGAAGUGUGACUUACAAAAUCAUUUUAUGUGAGUUGUAUCCCUAUAUAUAUUUGAAAUUGUUGUAAGUUUUCUAACUUUCAGUACAAUUGUUGAAUGUUGGAAAUAAAAAGCCCUUUAAAAAAUAUAUAACAUUAAACAAUAAAAAUUAUAACAAAAAAUAGUAUAUUUAAAGAAAAUGGAAAAUGUUUAAGUAUAAUUUAUGAAUUAACAAUUGAACAAAUAUGCUUUUCUUCAAGUUACAAAUCAUUGGACUCUAUUGAGCAAUUACUGGAAACAAAAACUGAAAAAUACUGUUUGCCAAUAGGAAAUUGAAAGGGUAAUACAUACAUCAUGAAGAAUAUAUUUAUAUUCUUUAUUAAUUUUACUAUUGUAAACGGGUAAAUUAAGACUUGGGUGAUCAUUAAAUAAUCUUAAUAAUAAUAAUAAUGAAAUCCCUUUUGUUUUACAAUACUUCCACAAAAAUAUUUUGUGGAAAUAAAUUAAUUUUUGGUAAAAAAAAGAAUACAGCAAUAAAUAGUUUUGAAAUUUUGGAUUAUUCAUUUAAUACUGAACAAUUCUGAUCAAACCGGUUUAAUUAAAAAAAAAAAAAAAAA